AUGGCCAAUACCUAUGCGAUACCCUCGCCGGAAGUGUCAAGGAAAGACUUUGUUAUUGGCGGUAUAUUAUGCGCUAUCUAUGGGCUUGAAGAGCUUCCCCCACAGGGUAGAAAUGUCUCUUGCCUGUAUCUGCUACACCCUCGAGGAAAUACCAUGGCAGGCAUGGGUGGCAUUGCUACAUCCGCGGUUGUUGACUGGAAUGAAAAUCUCCAGCAAGGAAAUGUUGCCACAAGCCGGCAGAGUACCGGCUUAAUUUCUGUGUGUUUUGACCAGAGAAACCAUGGAACAAGGGAAGUGGAUAAACUACGGAACGAAGCCUGGAGGCAAGGGAACCCAAAUCAUGCCCAGGACAUGUUCUCAAUCUUUAAUGGCACAGCUCGCGAUGUCUCACAAAUCAUGGACAUGAUACACAGCUACGUGUUUCCGAAAGGAGACCGAACCAUUGUCAACAAUUUGGUCCUGGGCGUCUCACUAGGCGCCCAUGCGGCAUGGCACUGCAUACUCCACGAGCCACGAAUCAAGGCUGCAGUCGUUGUGAUCGGAUGUCCUGAUUAUAUCAGUCUGAUGUCGGACCGAGCCCGCUUAUCAAAACUGACUUCAUGGAAAACCGGCGAUACUCCUGGCUCUCAAUUUCUUGGGUCAGAGCAUUUUCCUCAAAAUCUUGUUGAUAUGACAAACAUCUGGGACCCGGCUGGCCUAUUAUUUGGCCAAAUGAAAGAUGCUGCUUUAAAUACCCCAAUACGACUAGGGCCAGUUCGCGAUCCCACCGAUAAAGAAAAAAAAGACCUGAUACCCAUUAUGACUCGGUGUUUAGCCGGAAAGAGCAUUUUAAAUAUUGCUGGUGGCUCAGACAAAUUAGUCCCAUACAGCCGUGGGGAGCCGUUCUUGACGUGGCUGAAAAGAGCCAUUGCUCCAGGUGGGUGGUUUGCUGAAGGAAAGGUAACUCUAGAAGAUGUUAUUUUUGAAGGAGCUGGUCAUGAGGUGACUCCGGCCAUGAUGAAGGAGGCUAUUCGUUUUAUUAGCGAGACGCUGGCCGCAGGUGAGAGAACACCGAAAACCGGAUUCAGUAUGUCAAAAAUUUGA